UUUGGUCUUCGUAUUCUAACGCUCGAUGUUUAAUAUUCUCUUUCAUAGUGUUUCCGCUUAAUUACUACUUUCUCUUAAUUACUACUUUCUCUGAUUACUUUCUUAACCUCCAUGAAAAAUGAGGUGUCAAAUACGAGGUAUUAAAGAAUUGGAGAAUUUUGGGCCGCCUGAGUCUGUAAGAGUUGAUGCUUCUCAUGAGGGCCAACUACUACUUCUUGUUAUUUUGGGGAGGGAUGCCGACGGAAGAAGAUGUGUCUACAUCUGCACCAAAAAUUGAUUAUACUUUCCCAUUUUUCUUGGGACCUCAAGAUCGACCGGGUGAUUUCAUCACUCCGGUUCGCCUCACGCAAAAAAAUAUGAGGAAUGGUCAAAUGCUGUGGGUUUGGCUCUUCGAGCAAGACGAAAAUGUGCUUUCGUCGACGGAACAAUUACAGGGCCGAAACCUCCUUGCACCGAGGAUGAUUGGCUUACGCUUCAAUCUAUGAUUGUUUCUUGGCUUUUGAACGUAAUCUCAUCGUACGUGAAACAAACUCUGUCAAACUAUGAGGAUCACCGGCUCCUCUUCGGCGUGGAUGGUUUGAUAUGAUACUCCUAUCCACCACGCGAACCUCUCCUUCAUAUCCUUCCACAGUCACCAGAGGAGCCUCAACCGCCCAUUUUACCUAUCGAGUACAUCGAUCCAUUCUCUCUUGAAUUUACUGAACCUAGUGUAGUUUCACCGUCAAUGCAUGAGAACAAUGCGUCACAGGCAGUUAGUCCUACUGCUGAUUCAAUUGUUGACCCCUCAUCUUCCAGUACACUGGCGCACACACGACUUGUUCUCCACCAGCAGGCAGAAGUUGGCUUAGGGCGCAGUCAGCGUACACGCACUCCCUCGGUUCACCUCAAAGACUAUGUCACGCACACCAUCAUUAAAAACAGUCCGUUCCCCGCUCUUUCCGGUUCGUCAUCCUCUUCAGCUCUUAAUUCUAUUACAGAGCCCCGAUCUUUUCAUGAAGCUGUUAAACAUGAUGGAUGGCGUGAUGCCAUGAGGGCCGAGAUUCAAGCACUUGAAAAUAAUUCCACUUGUAGUCUUGUCCAUUUGCCUCCCGGCAAACGUGCCUUAGGUUGCCGGUGGGUUUACAAAGUGAAGCACGGGUCUGACGGCACCGUUGAACGUCUCAAAGCUCACCUUGUUAUUUUUGGAAAUAGGCAGGUUGUUGGCCUUGAUUAUACAGAAACAUUUGCUCCGGUUUCUAAAAUGGUGAUUGUGCGUGUUUUUCUUGCUAUAGCUGCUAUUAAACAUUGGGAACUCCAUCAGAUGGAUGUUCACAAUGCCUUUCUACACGACGACUUACAUGAGGAGGUCUAUAUGACUAUACCCCCAGGCUAUAAAACUAAUGAUUCUGGCCUAGUCUGUCGACUUCAUAAAUCCUUAUAUGGCCUUAAGCAGGCUCCGCGAUGCUGGUUCGCAAAAUUACUCAAGGCUCUCAAAAGUUAUGGUUUUCUCCAGUCAUAUGCCGAUUAUUCCUUAUUUACUCUAACUCGAGGGGCUGUCCAACUUAACGUUCUUGUCUAUGUGGACGAUCUUCUUAUCUCUGGCAAUGAUGGAGCUGCUAUUGCUACUUUUAAAUCAUAUCUUAAUGAUUGUUUUCACAUGAAAGAUUUGGGUACUCUCAAGUAUUUUUUGGGUAUCGAGGUUGCUCGUAGCCCGACUGGAAUUUUUCUUAACUAGAGAAAAUAUGCACUGGACAUCAUUACCGAAACAGGCCUUCUGGGGGCGAAGCCUGCUUCUUUUCCCAUCGAGCAGCACCACACACUAGCAACAGCUUCUGGCAAGCCUCUUGAUGAUCCUGAAUAUUACCGUUGUCUUGUUGGAUGACUUAUUUACUUGGCUGUCACUCAUCCCGAUAUCACCUAUUCAGUCCACAUUCUCUCUCAAUUUAUGCAACAACCCCUCAGUGAUCAUUGGCAUGCUGCCCUGCGGGUUGUUCUGUAAUACUUGAGAUUUAAUUUAAACGGAUUAAUAGUACUACUCAUACCAACAAAAUGCAUCUCCUUUUAAAGGAGCUCAUUAACCAAGAACUCCAAAGUUAAGCGUGCUUGCACGGGAGUAGUCUUGGGAUGGGUGACCCCCUGGGAAAUUUCUCAGGGCGCGCACGAGUGAGGACAAAGUGCGCGGAAAAGGCUAGUGGCGGUUUGUGAGGACAGUACUAGAGGUCUGGAGGGUGUGUUAGAGUAAUUACCUCGGGUCCUACGGGUCGGGGUGUUACAAAUGGUAUCAGAGCAACCCUGCGACAGUGUGCUGAUCCGUUGGAUAUUGGGCGGGCACUUAGCAGGGGAAAAGAUUCUGUGAUAUGAUUGAGAUUGGUUUAUGGGCGCAACGAGGACGUUGCGUUCCUAAGUGGGGGUGAUUGUAAUACUUGAGAUUUAAUUUAAACGGAUUAAUAGUACUACUCAUACCAACAAGAUGCAUCUCCUUUUAAGGGAGCUCAUUAACCAAGAACUCCAAAGUUAAGCGUGCUUGCACGGGAGUAGUCUUGGGAUGAGUGACCCCCUGGGAAGUUUCUCAGGGCGCGUACUAGUGAGGACAAAGUGUGCGGAAAAGGCUAGUGGCGGUUUGUGAGGACAGUACUAGUGGUUCGAAGAGAGUUUGGAGUAACUACCUUGGGUCCUGGAGACCCGGGGUGUUACAUGUUCGCUAUCUAAAAGGUUCACCUGGCCAAGGGGUCCUUCGUCGUGCUGACAGUAAUCUCUCUCUUACUGGUUGGUGCGACUCUGAUUGGGCUGCUUGCCCGAUUACUCGCAGAUCCCUCUCUGGUUGGCUUUUUUUUCUUGGUCAUUCACCCAUCUCCCGGAAAACCAAGAAACAGUCUACUGUUGCUCGCUCUUCCGCUGAAGCUGAAUACCGCUCUAUGGCGGCGGUAACUUGUGAAUUAAAAUGGCUCAAAGCCCUCAGUCUAUCCCACUCUAUUGUGACAUCAAUCUGCUCUUCACAUAGCUCAAAAUCAUGUGUUCCAUGAGCGUACCAAACAUAUCGAAGUUGACUGUCAUUUUGUCCGUGAUGCUGUUCAAGAUAAGAUCAUAGCUCCCAAUUAUGUCCCUACUACCAUUCAACUCGCAGAUAUAUUCACUAAAGCUCUUGGCAAGACACAAUUUCAGACUCUCCUACAGAAGUUGGGCAUUCGGAAUCCCCAUGCGCCAACUUGAGGGGGUAUUGGGAGAUAUUUUGAAAUAUAAUAUUUAAGGAUAGUUCUUUUUAUGGUUAGAAUAUUUACCAUUUAGUAUUUGACCUUGUAAUACGGAUGACCGAUUCUACUAAAUCGGCAUCCUAAUCUCUUUGUAUUUAAGCAGGCCGAAUGGCUCAAAAAUAAAC